AUGAAAGCAAAAAUUGUGAAAAUCAAAAGUUCUAUACAUCAAAAGCCAUUGGCAUCAACUCCAAGUAUAAACUUAGUACUUAUUAACAAAUUAAGAAUUUUAGACCAAGAGCGUAAAAACUUGGGGCAACUUCUUAUCGCUGCUAUUCAAGAAAAUAAACAAAUUAAAAUUAGCUAUCAAUUGGAGACUAUGGCAAAAACCCGAUUAACACAACACAUAGAAGAUUCUCAUAGACAAAUUAAGGAAAAUAGAUCGAGAUAUAUUAGUUUCCAACAACUGUAUCUCAUAGCGCACCAAGAAAAUAUAUUUUUAAAAUCACGUCUGAAAAGACUUACGAAAGAAAAAGAAGACGCUGAAAGAAAUCUUAUUGAAUUAGUAAAUCAAGUUUGCCUUUCGAAGAAUAAUAAUCUUAAGAACUUUUGUAGUCGUUUUAUAGUAAACACUCACAGUAAUUUGCUUAAUUGCAAUGUACGACAUGAAAUUAAUAGAUUCUUGAAAAAAUGUAAUGUAGAAGAGCAAAAUGUUUUUGAAAACACUUGUAGGAAGGAUGAUUUAAAUGAUCAACCUCCUAAUCCUUUAGAAAUAUCAGAUUUUUUUGAUGAUGAACGUCUUAUUUCUUUAGUAAAAGAUGCUCCUAAACUUAGAGGUCUUCCUGGUGAAUAUGUUUGGACUGUUAAAGAUAAAAACGGUAUUAUUGAAAAGCUUUAUGAAUACGAUACUGGUUUUGAUAAUGGUGAUACGAUAAGAAGAAUAAGAAAGUAUUCCGUAUAUUGUGACAAAGAAUGUUUAUUGGACUUUUCUAAGUACGAUCAGAUAAACAUGACCCAGAACCUGUCAGAAAUAGAUUUAAGCUCUAUAUCAUGGAAACAUAUUAAAAAUAAUAGUCUUGAUCUUGAAUAUGCAGUUGCAAUUCCUAGAGCUAUUGCGAAUAUUGUGCUGAAAGAGCUAGAAGAAUCUUUAAAUUAUUUUACAGGAGAUUUAGCAAAAAUAAAGGUAUUUGGUAAAGUGUAUCCACUACCUCGCCAGCAAGUAGCAUAUGGGGACCCUGGGAUCACGUACAAAUAUUCUGGGAUAACUGUUCCUGCCUUGCCGUGGCCAUCACCCGUGUUAGAGCUACGAAAUUUUUUGUUUAAAUUAAAGGGCAUUAAAUAUGAUUUCGUUUUAGUGAAUAAAUGUAAUUUUAGAUACAGGAAUGGAAAUGACCAUAUGGGAGAGCACAGAGAUAAUGAACCUGAGUUGGAUCCAAAUUUUCCAAUAGCUUCAAUUUCACUCGGGGAAGAGAGACCAUUCGUGCUAAAACAUAAAGAUGCUAGAAAACCAGGGCCAAAGAAAAAGGACAUACCAAAAGGUAAUUAU